CCGCUGAUAAGAUCCAUUCGCUUGUCUUUACUCUCUACUGAGCGGGUGUGUUUGUGCUGCAGUCACACAGGGAGGUGCUGAGCUGGGCUGCCUGAAGCGAGGGCAGUGCGGAGCCUGCAGCAGGAAGACCUCACCCCAGGACACACGUUGGUGCUGUGAACUGAAAGUGCACUGAUGGCGGAAGGCGGAUCAUCUCCUUGUACAGGCGGAACCACAGUAAAGAUUGCCAUCGCAAUGUACAACUUCAAAACACGUGAAGAGGAUGAGUUGGCUUUUGAGAAGGGAGAGAUAAUCAGGGUGCUGAACAAAGUGAAUGAUGGCUGGUGGUACGCCAGCUCUCUGAGAACAGAAGCAGCAGGUCUGAUCCCCAGCAACUAUGUGAAGACCCUGGAUGAUGAGGAGAAUGAACAGAUGGCACCAGUGGGGGAGGACGAGGGAUCUGAAGGGCAAUGUGCCAAGUCUCCUGCUUCUGAUCAAACCAUCAGUGACUCAACUUCAGACACCAAACCACUGGAGGAGAGAUCUGAAGGACACUGUGCCACGCCUCUUGCUUCCAACCAAGACACCAGUGACUCGAUUUCAGACACCAAACCACUGGAGGAGGAGAGGUGGUUCUUCACAGGCAUUGAUUGGCGAGAGGCAGAGGAGAUGAUCCUGGAGCCGGAGUAUAACGUUGGAACUUUCCUGAUCAGAGAGAGUAUCUCCAGACCAGGUAGCUACACCCUGUCAGUGCGGCACUGGGAUCCCACGCUGGGAAAUAGAGUUCUUCAUUACAAGAUAGAGACCAGCCCCAGUGGUUACUACUGCAACUCCCGCGUCAAGUUUAUCAGUUUACAGGAGAUGGUUAAGUAUUACCGCGAGAACACAGAUGGUCUGUGCCAGAGGCUGUCCAGCUCCUCCAUCAGAAGGCAGCGGAGAUGUCGUUCACAGUCCGGUGGCUCUGAGAUUGCGAGGGAGGCUCUGAGGCUGGGACCGGGGAGUGUGGGGGAAGCCUGGAUGGAUAUUAACAAAGUCCAGCGCAAGGUGUUUGUGCGAGUGAGGGACCUGCAGACCAGCUCGCAGGAUGAUUUCCGCAGAGAGGCUGAGGUGAGGAGGGGUCUGCAGCACGAGCGGCUCGUGAGCUUCCUGGGAAUGGUCAUCACUUCCGAGCCCAUGCUCAUCAUCAGCGAGUUCAUGGUGAAAGGAAAUUUAAACAAUUACUUGAGAAAUGAUCUGGGAAAACAGCUGGAGCCAGUGGUGCUGAUUGACUUCGCAACACAGAUUGCCCAGGGAAUGGUUUACAUGGAGGAGAAUUCUUACAUCCAUCGGGAUUUGAGAUCUGCCAAUGUCUUUCUGUCUGAAACACUGGAGUGCAAGAUUGGGGGCCUGAGUCUCGCACGCAAACUCGAGAGCAACAAAUAUAUUCUGGAAAACGACGCGAAAAUUGCAGUGAAAUGGGCAGCUCCUGAGGUCUUCCUGAAGGGAUACCACACAACGCAGUCUGACAUCUGGGCAUUCGGAGUCCUCCUCAUGGAGCUGGUCAUGGGCGGGCACAGCCCGUACCCAGGAAUGUCUUUCAAACAAACUGUGGCGUUUGUGCAGAGUGGGCAGCGGAUGAAGUGUCCGAGCGGGUGCAGUGAGGAGCUCUAUGGCAUCAUGCUGGCUUGCUGGGUCGAGCAGCCCCACAAACGGCCAUCUUUUAUACAAUUACUGGCUCUGCUGGAAAUCCUUUAACUCUCUGCCUCCUGAUUGCCUCCACAGUGUGUGAGUCCUGGACGCAUCACAGCUGUCAUUCACCAUUCAGCACUUUAACGGAUACUCUGUUUUGAAGCAUUUUUACCAAGUUUAUUGCCAAUUUGUCUGUCUGAUCAUCACCAACACUUUGCUCGCUCAGUACUAGGCAGUGAAUGGAAGCAAACAGAGAGUUCCCCGAGCCAUCGCUUCAUAAUAAUAAUACUUGCAUUUGAUGUAGCGCCUUAUUAUGCUGUCACGGUCACUUUGUUUUAAUUAAUGCUCUACCUCUUUCUAAUGAUAUUUGCUGUAGAUGAUCUGUGUACAUAGAGUUUGUGUAAAAUAAGAGCUUUUGCUUUAAGCGCAUUUAUGAUCUAGGGACCAGAAUAUAAUUUUAAAGCGGUACAGCCUUGACAACACGAAGUCCGUGACCUGGGUGAGUGUUGCAACAGAAAAGGCAGGAAAGGUUAUGUGGGUCCUGGAGCGGGAACCGACUGGUGCGUUGGAAUGGGAGGAGAUUGAAAUUGGAAGGAAAAGUAUCAACGUGAUACAUUGGAAAGGGAAGGAGUUAGAACAAUAUAAAAGGAGGGGCUUAAUUGAACUCAGGGUCAUUCUUCGCCUUUAAUGUCAUCAAGGAGGUUUGUACUGACCUGAGAGCCUCGCCUCCAGGUCAAGAUUGUUUUUUUUUGUUAACUAACUUUGAAUAAAGCUGCUAGUGUCAUAGUUUAGUGUCAUGGUAUUUCUAUUUCUUAACAUUGCGACAGUUAUCAUGUUCCGGGCAGUGUAAGUGAGGCAUAGGGUUAAGGAACAAUAAAACAUGGUUGAAUUAUCCGUA